AUGUUCUAUCAGGGACUUAAAGACGAAGUUAAGGAUGAAAUCGUUAAGAUCGAUCGCCCCGAAGACUUCCUUCAGUAUGCCGACCUUGCAAUCAAGAUCGACAACAGGCUAUUCGAACAACGCAAAGAAAAGGGCGAAAAACGACAAGGACCUAACAUAGGACGCAAGUACCAGUGGCAACCCCAGCAUAAGUUUAACAACCAGCGGAACGACAACAGACCCUGCAGCAACUGGAACAACAAUCAACAAAGCACUGCUUACGGACAACACAGCAGACCUAUAGAUCUCAGCAUGAUGACUAAACCUAACGACAGGAAGCCUUGGAACCCUAAGUGCUACAACUGCAACAAGCAAGGCUAUAUCGCCAAAGACUGCAGACAACCUAAGAAACUUCCCUAG